AUGCUGACAAGACGACAUGAACUAUGGGUAUGUGUUAAUGAUCAUUGUCAAAAUGGUUCUUUGUCAUAUACGGCACUCUCUGGUGUGCCACAUAGUCAACUUGAUGAUCGACAGCCUAUUAAUGAUGGACAAAUUCAAUAUCUUAUCCCCAACUUGAAGAAUUUACCUUUCAAACCUCUCUCAACAUUAAAAACAUUGAUUAUUGGUGGACAACAAUACUCGCAUGAUGCAAUAUUGAAUGUUUCAAGAGAAUAUUUUCCAUCAGUACCAAUGUUUGGCAAAAUACGUUGGAUUCUCUACGAUGGGAACAAAUGCGCUUUUGUCUAUAAAAUAUUUAAAGUCAAAGACUACGGAUAA